AUCCGAAAGCGUUAUGGUUGCAUAAUGAAUGACACCAUACACUCACAGAGAGAGAGAGGGACAUUAAAUUCCUUUUAAAACUCCUACUAAUCGCACUGCAGCGCCAGCCAAAGGGAGCUCGACUUUAGAGGAAGCUCCAAACAUUUCAAGGCUGGAGCGUGUGCGGGACUUGACGUGACGCUAUAGUGGGACUGGCUUUUUCUCCACUCUGCCUGCAUUCAUAAACGGAUAUGAUAAACCAGCUCUGAAUGCACCGGAGCAGCGACAAAAGUCAGCUCUGACCAUGGCGGAAGACGACGACGCUAAGAUACGGAUUUUACAGAGCCUGCGGGGUAAAAUAUGUGAAGCUAAAAACCUGGGUUCUGUCUCGGGUCCAAACCGACAAAGGGAUCUCUGUACUUUUUGCACCAUAAGUCUGGAUCAAGAGGAGGUGUUCCGCACUAAGGUGUUUGACAAGAGCGUCUGCCCUUUCUACGGAGAGGACUUCUACUUUGAGAUCCCACGCCCAUUUCAGUGUUUAUCCUUCUAUGUUUAUGCCAAGAGUGUUUUCCAAAGGGACCUACCUGUUGGCAAGGUGUCCAUCCGGAAGGAUGACCUAUGUAAAUACAGUGGGAAGGAGCACUGGUUUGGCCUUCAAACAGUAGAUCCUAAUUCAGAAGUCCAGGGCAAGGUUCACCUGGAGAUGCGAUUGAGUGAAGUGAUCACAGAGAACGGAUCAACAGGCCAACACAUAUCAGUCCGGAUAAUUGAGUGCAAGGAGCUGCCUUUGAUCAGUGGACAGAACUGUGACCCCUAUGCCACCGUGUCACUUGUCGGACCUGCCAGGUCUGAUCAGAAGAAAACAAAGGUAAAGAAGAAAACCAGCAACCCUCAUUUUGAAGAGACCUUCUUCUUUGAGGUCACACGGUCCUACUCUAGAAGGACUCAAUUCAACGUGGAGGAGGAGGACAUCGAAAAACUUGAGAUCAAAGUUGAUUUGUGGAACAAUGAGAAUCUGGCUCAGGAUGUUUUUCUGGGGGAAACACGGGUCCCUGUCAAGAUCCUACAAAGCGACCACAUUCACAAAGCCUGGUAUCUCCUUCAGCCAAAAGGGAACGGCAACAAAUCCAAGUCUGAUGAUUUAGGAUCCUUGCGUUUGAAGCUGACCUACAUAGAAGACACAGUGCUGCCAUCUGCCUGCUACACGCCACUCUGCACCCUGCUGCUCAAAUCCCCAGAUGUGAAGCCCAUCUCAGCAUCAGCAGCACACAUCCUGGGGGACAUUUGCAGAGAGCGAUACGAGGUCGUUCUGCCGAUGGUCCGACUGCUGCUCCACAACAAUCGCUUCGUGCCUUUUGUCUCUGCUGUGGCAGCACUGGAGCUGGACAACACUCAGGAGGCUAACACUAUAUUCCGUGGCAACUCGCUGGCAACGCGCUGCAUCGAUGACAUGAUGAAGAUUGUGGGAAAGAAUUACCUAUCUGUUACCUUGAAGCCUGUAAUAGAUGAGAUUUGUGAAUCCAACAAAACCUGUGAGAUUGACCCUAUUAAACUAAAGGAAGGUGACAAUGUAGAGGUUAACAAGGAAAACCUGCAGGGUUACGUCCAGAAAGUCUUCUCCUCCAUCACCCAGUCAAGUUCUAACUGCCCGCCACUAAUGUGUGAUGUCUUCAGGUCUCUGAGGCAUUUGGCCUGCAAACGCUUUCCAGGCGACCCACAUGUUCAGUACUCAGCCGUCAGCAGCUUUGUGUUUCUGCGCUUUUUUGCUGUUGCUGUUCUCUCUCCUCACUCCUUUCAACUGCGUUCCCAUCAUCCUGAUCCUGAGAUUUCCCGGACACUCACACUCAUCUCAAAAACCAUUCAGACUCUCGGCAGCUGGGGUAGCUUAUCAAAAAAGCUGUCCAGUUUUAAAGAAACCUAUAUGUAUGACUUCUUCAAAUCAUUCCAGGAAGAGAAGUGUAUCGAAAAAGUUAAAAAGUUUCUGGAUGAAAUCUCCUCCAACGUCAGUAAGGAGUCCAGUGGGCUGGAAGACGCUGUCGUUCUCAAGGAGGGGGAAGUACAGAAACGUGCUCAGGGGAGAAAACCCCCUGGAAUGAAAACUUUUAAGAAGAGAUGGCUCAGACUGACCAACAGGGAGCUCUCCUACCACAAACAUAAAGGGAAAGAUGCCGACCGCACCAUUAAUGUCAAAAAUAUCCGGGCGGUGGAGAAAGUGGAUGAAAGUGCCUUUAACCGCAAAAAUAUGUUUCAGGUGGUCCACUCUGAGAAGCCUCUUUAUGUCCAGGCUGGAAACUGCGUGGAAGCCAGCGAGUGGCUGGAGGUCCUGAGCCAGGUCAGUCGUUGCAACGAGGGACGCCUGGCCACUUUCCACCCGUCAAACUACACCAGCGGGGCCUGGCAGUGCUGCCAAAGCCUGAGUAGCAACGCUCCAGGCUGCAAGCCCUGCACAACCACCAUGCUGGCCAACCUGCAGCUGGAUAUAGACUGUGACCGAGAAGCAGAGAGGAUUUUCUCACUCCUCUCAGCAAACGAUACAAAGCUCCAGAGCAUGGAGGCUGUUCUUUGUGGGAUCAGCCAUCAAAGCAAUCAACGUAUGAAGAUGUCAGAUGCCUGUGCCAGUUUGGCAGUGUAUCAGGGCCCUCAGCGAGAGCCGGAGGAAUACUCAAAGUUCACCAUUCAGGAACCCAAAGAGACCUUUCACACACUGAAACAGCUCCGAAACAUCAUGGAGGAGCUGCAGCGGCAGCACAAUAUCAGGAAUGACGUACGGCAGUACGGCAGCCUUGACAACCCCAUAGUGGGAAAAACCUCUUAACCUGGCUGGGGCGGUGUGGUCUAAAAGCAGCCACGCCUGCAUCACAACAAAGCGCCUACGUUGUCCAUUAGAAGCCCCGGGAGCUGUGCCAGUGAGAAAAGGUGCGACCAGGUGAAUGAUACGCCACCUGACCUCCACAUGUCAUGAGUCCACUACAGCAGUGACAGCCCGAGAAGGGGAGCCAGAACAAGCUUGUGAGCUUGACCAGGAUCGCACCUUCAUCCUCAAAAGGAAUGAACCCUUAGGUGUUUUCUUUUGUUUUGUUUUUUUUCUUUCUUUUUUUGGAAGUAUGUUGCCUCAUCUCCUCCCCGUCCUCUGCAGUGAAGGUCACAGAUUCUAUCCGUGUCUUAACUUAUGUCCCCCUUUUUACGUACAGCUGUGUGAAAUGGGCAUCAUUAGAUGGUGUGUGAAUAGGCUGCUAAUUUUUUCUUUUAUUCACCGAGUUUUAUAUGAACAGCUGUAAUGAUGCUCUCCUCUCAUCUGUGAACAUCUGUCUUUACAGUUGAUUCCUAAUCACCAAUCUGGAGGCCCCUCCCCCCCGUAAACUUCAGUCUUUUCUCCUCCUCCUGAACAAAUGUAAAUGUAUAUUUUCAAAGAACAUUUAAACCGGUCUGCCUUACUUUGACGGAUGUUUCUUUCACAUCAAAUGCUGAGGGAAUAAUGCAGAAGCACUUUACAUAUUUGGAGCACUCCAAAUAGAAAAUGAUUGGAUACUUGGUAUCAGCUUUCCCCAUUUUGAUCAGUUACAUGAUCCUUUGUUUCAUUCCUGUACAAUAACAUUUAUAGCCUGUAGAUUUUAAGAUAUUUUUCUUGACCAAAGACGAUUUCAUAGGUUUGAACAUGAACUUGAAGAAAUUAAUGUAUUUUGAAUACAAAUGGUUUAAAAAUGGAGAUAAAUGAGAUGAAUAUAUAUAUAUAUAUAUAUAAAUAUAAAUAUAUAUAUGUUUGGUUUAUGUGUACGUUUUUGCUAACAUAUCCUUUACUUUUUAGUGACUUAAGGCAAGCAGUUUGCAUGCGUUCAGUUUUGAAUCCUGGUAGCACGACUGUAGUGAAGAGUUGUAUUUCCCUGUGAUUGUGAAUCGUAUCGGUACGGUGUGCGUCAGAUCUGUGCUGUCGUGUUGAGAGCCUUGAAACCUAACUAACAGUGGCUUAUGUAAGAAACGAUGUUCGACCUGCAGAGAGGAACCGAUUGGAAUAACAAAAUCGCCCCUGUCAUUCACGCUUUAGUCCAGACAAUCUCAGCCAGUGCGCACAUUAUGUCCUCCUCUACUAUCGCGGCUCCAGCUGUUCUGUUUCAUCGUCUUUAGGGAAUUUGCUUGAAAUGUGGCACAGCUGUUGGCCACAGCGCUCUGCUGCAACGACCGGUAGAGAAACGUCUGUGUAGUAAAGGGAAAAAAUUAUGUUAUUACAAACUAUCAGAUUCUUAAAGUUACUCAUUUUCCAGCAUGCAUGUCCUGCAGAAGUAGGGUUACAUCAGAUGAACAAAGCAAUAGCAAAUAAUCAAGAUUGAUUGCGUAAAAUAGAGAUUAUCAAAUUUACUUUGUGGGUCUUACUCCAUUUUAAUUUAAUUCAGUUUAUUGUUUGUAACUGACACAAACCAGCUCUUCAAUUUUAUUUUUUUUAAGCGGUAACCAGCAAAUUUUCCCCCAAGUUAGGCUGAUUUUGAUUAUCAGUCGGUGGAUUGUUUUUUUUUUUUUUGUUUGUUUGUUUGUUCAUUUUUUUCCCUCUGAAAGAAGCAGUGAACAAUCACUUUGAUUCAGUCUUGAUUUUUGACUUCUUUUUUGUUCCUUCCUGUGGUUUUGAGUCUGCUUCCCAUUUGAACAAUGAAGUACUGAAUAGAGACAAAAGAGACUUGAAAUUACUUAAAGUGGACCUGUUAUGCUUCUAAAUUCUCUCAUAUACUUACAGGUUUAAUGGUGGGUGCAGAGUUAAAAGUUCAUACUGCUCUACAUUCACUGUUUCAGAGUUUGUUUUGUUGUGUUUUUUCUACUCAUGCAUCGUAAUGAUGUCAGAGAGUGGAUAUCCCCCUAUAUGGUCAUCUCAGCUCCACCCACCUGCUAGGGCAUCCAAUCAGAAGGAAGGAUUUCACAAAGCCUUAAAGAGUCGAGAGCUCAAACAGGUUAUUUUAGGUAGACGAUCCAAUGAGAAGAAAUACAAACAUGGAGCAGUGACAGAGCAUAACGGGUCCCCUUUGAACAUCUAAAGUUUAAACAUUGAAUGCUGAUAUUACAGGGUUAACUGUGUCUUUUCUUUUAUUUGUCUGUGAUUGUUUCAUGAGUUGUGUCUUUGGUCCAUUAUCUAUUUCUAACUUGCAUGUCUUGUACAUUUAACAAUAUAUUUUUCUAGGAAAAUGUUUUGUACCUUUUUUUUUUUUUUUUUUUUUUAAACUGAUUUUAAUGUAUUACUCAGCUGGUACUUUUGUUCUCAGUCUGUCGACCUCGUCCAGGCUGGAUGCUUUCUGUUUUUUUUGUUUUGUUUUUGUGUGUGUGUGUUUUCUAUCCCCGUGCGCACUCCCUAUUGGCUCCUUGCGGCCAUAACUGCCUCAAAACUCCCUCUCGUUAAAGCUGAUUAACACAGUGUUACUGCGGUGAAUGUUGCGUGUUCACGUGCACCCCGGUAGUGAACAACCUGCCUGAUCGGAGCCAAAAUAGUGUAAAGUGAUUUCACGCUGAUUUGGUUGAUGGACUUUGUUUAUGAUUUGAGUGACGCUGAAUAAAAACAAAUCUCUGGUACAAACUUCGACAUCUGGAUCUGAAUCGGAAAGCUAGCGUAGAAUCAAACGUUGUUGUAUCGCAUAAGCUUGCAUGCUAACUCCAUUGCUAGUUUUAAUAAGGCCAGUAAACUAGAGGGUGGUGUAUGUGUGCUUAUUUUCAUAAAACGUGAACGGGGAGGGGUUGUUUUAAUCGAUCUGAUUUUAAUAAGGGAAGUUUCUUCAUUUGUUUGUUGUCAUAAACGGUCUCUAUGUGGAAACGUGACUUUCCUGUUGGACUACAGCCAGCUUCAUUUCAUAAGAUUACCAAACAGGAAGGGAAAUGUUCAUAUGUGCUUUGAUCUAUCAGGUGAACAGAGGGGAAAUUAAGGUAUUAGCCAACAUGCAGAUCUGAUAUGGGUUUCCAAGCUCUUAAGAAGGACCAAAAUCUGAUAUCACUGCAGUUUGUUUUUGCAGGUGUAUCUGAAACAAUCAUUUUUUUUUCUCCUGCCAAUCAGAUUGUUCUGUGUCAAAGCAGAGUGUGAGUGCAGAUGACUGUCUGAAGGCUUUGUAGGAUUUUUCUUUUUUUUUUUCUUUUUUUUUUUUUUAAGCUAAAAUCUCUUCUUGCCUCUUCUUGUCCAGUAAACGGUGAGCGGUUGGAUGUUAUCGUCACAUCUCCAGCUCGUUUCUUCUGAAUGUCUGUUAUUUUUAUACACAUUAAACAUUUUAUUUUUCCAUAAAUGGUCUAUUCUGUGUCUCUUCAUAAUAAAAACACUUUGCCAAUGCC